GUCUGUGUUUCCAAGUGUCCCACAAAAAAUGAGUUAGGGACAAGUAGAAAUGCAGCUGACAUGAUUUGUAAAGAGGGAUUAAAUGAACCUGUCACAGAGGUAAGCUUGCUUUCCCCUUUUGUUGCACUCUUAACUAAAAAUAACAAAAUUAGCUUCAUAGUUAACAAUUAUUUAGUAGACUUUUUUUUAUAUAGCGCUAUUUCCAUAUGCUCAAUAGCGCUUUACAGAAUUGGUAAAAAAAGAAAAAAUAAUAAAUUAUAUACUUACAUCUGAGUCAAUGAUGAUAAAAAGAACACCUGACGAAUUCCAUAAGUUACAAUAAAAAUUCUAUUUAAAAAUUCUAAACUGCAAUUAAAAACUAAAUCCCUAAAACUUAAAAGGAUAACAUCUGAAAGAUGUAUGAUUUGAGAUUCUAUAGUUAUUAUUUUACAUUGGCUAAACCUAGUCCCUGUGAGUAAGUUUAAAAGGGUAAGUCUUAUUGUUGGUUUUAAACUCUGAUAGUGAGGCAUUUCUGCGAAUACACCCUAGAAGUGAGUUUCACCAAUGAGGUGCCGCAAAAGAGAGCUUUGGUUAUAAGUAACUAAAUUAACUGAUGGUACUUCAACUAGGUUCCGUGUAGAGGAUCGCAAGGUCCUGGUUGGUACUUAUGGCUUAAGCAAAUCUUUAAUGUAGGCAGGUGCUAACCUGUUGAGUGCUUUAUAGGUUAUUAGUAAUAAUUUUAAAUAAUACGUUGACUGAUUGGAAGCUAGUGGAGUUGUUUUAAAAUAGGCGUAAUGUGGUCAUACUUCGUGUAAUAAGUUGAGCUGCAGAGUUCUGUACAUUCUGUAAAUGAUUGAUUAAAAAAUUACGCAUACCGUAUAGUAGUGAGUUACAGCUAUCUGGUCUGGAAGUGAUACGUGUAACGCUCUACCUUAGUUUCCUUCGUGCCUUGCAAAAUUGAAACACUAAUUUAAUAGUCCCUAUGAUUAAAUUCAGUGCUGCACUGUAAGGAAUGUUCAUGGGAAGAGGCUCAUGAUGUUCUUAUUUAAGGCAGAGCUGAAUCACCGUUUUCUAUAGUUAUGCCAUAAUCUCGAGUACUGUGUGUUACUGUAAGGCUGGGCCUGUAAUGUUUCUGAUUGACGGACUUUUUUCUUGUGUUGACAGGGCAACAAAUACGCCAUGGUGCAGCACGGAAAGUGUGCUCCGUACUAUUUGAAAUCACAGUCAGGUUUGUGAUGUGUUUAUUAUCAAGAAGAGUUGUUCACAUUGAUAAAAAAGAAGCAUACAUGUGGAAUAAGGCCCUACAGACUUGCUGUUGAUCUUGUUUUAAAUUCUCCUUUUUUACAUGUAUAAUAUGCAAAGCAACUUGGCAGGACAAUGAGGUAGUUUAUCCCGCAAAUUGCCAAAACUACGUGUAAAGUUCGCUUUGUUCAGGCUUUAUUCCAGAAACUCCUUCAACUGAGCUUUCCAAGAAUGUAGUUUCGAUAAUUUCGGUAAAAAUUCAUAUGGAACAGUUCAUCCUCGUUAAAAAGCGCUACUGUUUGUUGGAAAAUUUCCCCGAAAUCUCCUUACAAAUGGUAAGUGCUUUUGGUGUCACUAACAAUUCCUUAUAAUAAUUAUUAUUAUUCAUUAAUAACUUUUAUGAUAUGCGUUAUGUUUUAGUGUUGUAUCGAUGCAUACCAACGUUAGUGGACAAUUUGAUUGAUUCCAAUGGCUCAGUGAUACAAAAUGUUGCUGGAACCAACAUGACAAAAACUAUCAUUCAAGGAGGAAUAAAGUUAGUGGUAUUUCAUUGAGUUUAAUUAUUUUUAUUGUUUUUCACAUUGCCGGCCAGUCUGGUGCCAUAUCAUACCUUGUGUGGGCAUGUUGUUUUCAUUAUCCUAUACACAAACUUAACGGUCACCAAUUAAAAUUUAAGCGUCAAAGAAUAAUCAUGCUUACUCGCUCAGCUUAAAGGCGAUUAUAACACUAUUAAUUAAUUAAUUAAUUAAGUAAUUAAUUAAUUAAGUAAGUAAGUAAGUAAUUAAGUAAUUAAUUAUUAUUAUAUCUAUUUCAGAAACAAACAGCCGCAAUUAGGGCUGUGCAUUUGGGUGAUAUUGAGUAACUCUGCAAAGCAGAACUGACUAUUGUUUGUUCUACAUGCAGUGAUUAGUUUUGAUUGUUUAUAACAAGGAUUUAUUUUGUUAUUUUCACUUAGUGGCUUGAAGAUUCUUAUGAAUUUGCAAAAUUUUGGAUUGAAUGUAAGUUUUGCCUCAGUUUGAAUAAUUUGCACUUAAGCCCCGUCCACGCGGAUCCAUUUUUGCUUGAAAACGGAGAUUUUUUAUUCCGCUUUGGUCUACCGUCCACACAUAUUUGGUCAAAACGGUCGCCGAAAAUGCAUCUUUUUAAAAACGCUCUCCGGAGUGGAGAUUUUUGUAAUCUAGUCACAGUUAAACUGUAAAGGGACUUUAUUUUCUAUUUUUUUAAAUUCUUUUUCAAUGAUUCCUGUUGUGAACUACUUUGUUGUUUUGUUUUUAUUUUUCUUUGCUCUUUAUUGACACUGUCACUAAAAAGGUGCUGUAUGUGGCAUUUUGUUUCUAGGUAUUUGAGGACGUGAGGGCUGUAUGGUACUGGCUCUUAAUGUAGGUUGACAUGAUAGCAUUUGUACCCUUUACAUUUGACUGUAUGAUGAUGACCAUGUGAGUCCGAGGGGACUCGAAGGGAUAAUGAUGAGACUGAGUGCGUGAACGACUGUAGAAUCUCAAGCCAUGAUUGUUCACAGCAACAUUUUCUUUUACUGGCCAGCAAAAGGGGGAUUAAAGGAUUAAGAGUGGUGCGAUUGUAAUUAUCUAAAGCUUCUUAAAGAAAUUUGACUGUAUGACUGAUCUUAUUUAGUGGUUGCCUACAAGGGUGGGUAAUUACCACGUUUGGGUCACCUACAGCUGUAUAAUAAUUUAAGCUCCACACACACACAUACAUGUAAUGCAAAUGAAGGGGUUUGUCAACAGGGAAGAAGCAACUGGAACAAUGUACACUGUAUGGCCUUCUAUAGCCUGCAAGCAGGCUCACCUGUGCAAAUGUGGGGAAAAUGUUGGCGGUAGAGCCACCAUUCCUUGCGGAAUGGCGGCCUCACUGCCAAAAUUUUCCCCAAACUUGCACAAGUGAGGCUGCCUGCUAGGCCUUCUAAAGAGGGCACAACUUGAAGACUCGAAGAAUGUCAAAAAGCAUAGUUUUUGACUUAAACUGCAUCAUAAAAACAAUCUUUCUUGGAAAUGACCAUGUUACUCAAAGAGUGUCUGCAGACACAUGUAUUAAAAAUUUCCUUCCGUCUCUUGACUUUAGGUCUGUGUUUCCGAGUGUCCCACAAAAAAUGAGUUAGGGACAAGUAGAAAUGCAGCUGACAUGAUUUGUAAAGAGGGAUUAAAUGAACCUGUCACAGAGGUAAGCUUGCUUUCCCCUUUUGUUGCACACUUAACUAAAAAUAACAACAUUAGCUUCAUAGUUAACAAUUAUUUAAUAGACUUUUUUAUAUAGCGUUAUUUCCAUAUGCUCAAGAGCGCUUUACAGAAUUCGUAAAAAAAGAAAAAAUAAUGAAUUAAAAACUUACAUCUGAGUGAAUAGUGAUAAAAAGAACACCUGACGAAUUCCAUAAGUUACAAUAAAAAUUCUAUUUAAAAAUUCUAAGCUGCAAAUAAAAACUAAAUCCCUAAAACUUAAAAGGAUAACAUCUGAAAGAUGUAUGAUUUGAGAUUCUAUAGUUAUUAUUUUACAUUGGCUAAACCUAGUCCCUGUGAGUAAGUUUAAAAGGGUAAGUCUUAUUGUUGGUUUUAAACUCUGAUAGUGAGGCAUUUCUGCGAAUACACCCUAGAAGUGAGUUUCACCAAUGAGGUGCCGCAAAAGAGAGCUUUGGUUAUAAGUAACUAAAUUAACUGAUGGUACUUCAACUAGGUUCCGUGUAGAGGAUCGCAAGGUCCUGGUUGGUACUUAUGGCUUAAGCAAAUCUUUAAUGUAGGCAGGUGCUAACCUGUUGAGUGCUUUAUAGGUUAUUAGUAAUAAUUUUAAAUAAUACGUUGACUGAUUGGAAGCUAGUGGAGUUGUUUUAAAAUAGGCGUAAUGUGGUCAUACUUCGUGUAAUAAGUUGAGCUGCAGAGUUCUGUACAUUCUGUAAAUGAUUGAUUAAAAAUUUACGCAUACCGUAUAGUAGUGAGUUACAGCUAUCUGGUCUGGAAGUGAUACGUGUAACGCUCUACCUUAGUUUCCUUCGUGCCUUGCAAAAUUGAAACACUAAUUUAAUAGUCCCUAUGAUUAAAUUCAGUGCUGCACUGUAAGGAAUGUUCAUGGGAAGAGGCUCAUGAUGUUCUUAUUUAAGGCAGAGCUGAAUCACCGUUUUCUAUAGUUAUGCCAUAAUCUCGAGUACUGUGUGUUACUGUAAGGCUGGGCCUGUAAUGUUUCUGAUUGACGGACUUUUUUCUUGUGUUGACAGGGAAACAAAUACGCCAUGGUGCAGCACGGAAAGUGUGUUCCGUACUAUUUGAAAUCACAGUCAGGUUUGUGAUGUGUUUAUUAUCAAGAAGAGUUGUUCACAUUGAUAAAAAAGAAGCAUACAUGUGGAAUAAGGCCCUACAGACUUGCUGUUGAUCUUGUUUUAAAUUCUCCUUUUUUACAUGUAUAAUAUGCAAAGCAACUUGGCAGGACAAUGAGGUAGUUUAUCCCGCAAAUUGCCAAAACUACGUGUAAAGUUCGCUUUGUUCAGGCUUUAUUCCAGAAACUCCUUCAACUGAGCUUUCCAAGAAUGUAGUUUCGAUAAUUUCGGUAAAAAUUCAUAUGGAACAGUUCAUCCUCGUUAAAAAGCGCUACUGUUUGUUGGAAAAUUUCCCCGAAAUCUCCUUACAAAUGGUAAGUGCUUUUGGUGUCACUAACAAUUCCUUAUAAUAAUUAUUAUUAUUCAUUAAUAACUUUUAUGAUAUGCGUUAUGUUUUAGUGUUGUAUCGAUGCAUACCAACGUUAGUGGACAAUUUGAUUGAUUCCAAUGGCUCAGUGAUACAAAAUGUUGCUGGAACCAACAUGACAAAAACUAUCAUUCAAGGAGGAAUAAAGUUAGUGGUAUUUCAUUGA